UUAUCACUUUUAUGCAUUGACAUUGCAUCGGUUACCUAUUUUAUUUAUUUAUAAAUUAGUUAUUCGUCUUUUGUGGUUUUAUUGUUCAAUUUAAAUCAAAAUAAACGAAACAUUGACAAAUCUUAAACAUCAAAAUACAUUCUGAUUUCAUACAAAUGGCUAGUCUGAACAUUUGCCGGGUCUGCCUAAGAACUUAUUCGAAAUCUUACAAUUUUGAUCAAUUCCAAUUAAAAUCACAUUACGAAGCAGUUUUGGGUUUAAAAGUCAAUGAUGAAGAUGGAUUACCCAAGUUCUUCUGCUAUGAAUGUGCAUCACUGCUACAAAAGUUUCAUAAAUUCAAAGAAAAAUGUCACAAGGGGCAAGAAGUUCUCAAGGAAAUGCAAUCAAGAGGAUUUAUAACAUAUAAAGCAGUAAACAGUUUGGAUAGAGAACUUCUUCAAUUGUCAUCGCCUUUUAAGGAAUAUAUUUAUGAAGGCUGGGGCAUCACAGACAAAAUAGAAUACAUUGAUAAUAUAGUCCUUGAAUUUGAAGACAGCACAGAUAAUCUAGAUAUGGCCAUAGAAAAUAUACAAGUUGAAAAAGUUGAAAAUAUCACGGACAAUGAAUUGGAUUUCUGUGAGCAAAUGGAUACAGAUAAUAUAAUGUAUGAUACAAAAGACCAGUUUGAAAUUAAAAUUGAAGAUGAAAAGAAAAAAAAUAAAUGUAUUACAAAGACUAGUUUGCUAUAUGACAAUGUGAAUUGGAGGGUGAUUAAUUUGACAGAAGAUGAAGCUAUUAAGGAAUUUCGUUUGCGCAGUGAAGAUCCAAAAUAUAUAACAGCAGCAUACAAAUGCAAGGAUUGCCUCAAAGGUUUCUGCAGACAGGACAUGUUGAAGCGACAUAUGGACUUUUUGCACAGUGCGUCGAAAGGUGCGCUAGCCUGCCGCUUCUGUAACGCACGCGUUAAGUACCCGUGCCACCUGCGGAACCACAUGCGCGACCACUACACCAAGUACGAGUGCUUACGGUGCCGCGUUGUUUGCAUGACCGAGAAAUCCGCCCUCCAUCAUGAGGACUCUCACAGUGGCGUAACUAGAAAAUGCAUAUACUGCAAUGAAGAGUUUAGACACUCGUCCACGUACUACACGCACCUGCGCACGCACCGGAGCGACCACGUGUGCACGGCGUGCGGCGAGUCGUUCGUCAGCGAGGUCGGCCUGCACAUGCACCGCCGCGCCAAGCACCGGGACAACGCUGACAGUCCCGGAGACGAGGACGCAAACACGUUUUGCGCCCGAUGCGACAAAAACUUCGACACGAGGAGGGCGUACGAGGAGCAUUUCUUUCACACGGCUGUGCACGCCGACGAAUUGCUAGACCUUGAAAUGCCUAAAAGCGAAGAGCCGAGAAAAAUACGCGGGAAGAGAAUGCAGGAAAAGAUCAUAAAUCAAUUAAAUAAUAGAGAUACGGAUGAUGUUAAAUUAAAACCGAAUGCGGAGAAUCGAAAGUGGCGCCGGCGGAAGAUUAAGAAACCCACGACCUGCCACCAGUGCGGCAAAUCGUUUGAGACGCAAGCGGCGUGCAUGAAGCAUCAUCUGAAAACCCACCCGCGGACGUCCUUCUUUGCGCCGAGCGAGCGGCAUAUAUGCGAGAUAUGCGGCGCCUCGCUCGCGCCGGGCAGUGUUGCCACCCACCAGAACAUGCACAGCAAGGAGAAAAUGCACCCGUGCGGCACUUGCGGGCGGCAGUUCUACUCCAGUGUCUCGCAUAAACGCCACCUUCUGACGCACACCGGGGAAAAACCUUACCAGUGCACCCAGUGCGAGAAACGGUUCACGCAAAGCAACAGUAUGAAGCUACACUUUAGAACCGCUCACCUCAAACAACCGUAUCCAAAAAGAAAUAGAAGAAAGAAAAAAGAAGAGAAAACAGAGAACACGGCCCAAGAGACGUGUAGCGAAGAAUCCGACGCUGGAAAGGAGUUGCAUCAAACAGCGACGGGAAUCGAACCCGCUUACUCGUUGUAAAUGUAGUGAGUGAGUUUUAUACUAGUUAAUCAUCCCGACACCGUCCGGGUAAAAUGUUCUAAAGAUUUUCAAAGUUCAAAGCUAAAAGACAUUAAAAUGUUUAAUCGUUUCUGAGCUACAAGUGGUGAAACCGAGGCGGUUUUCAUUUAUGAAUAGGUAUAGUGUGGAAAUUUUGUAAAUAUAUAUGUAGCGAUAACUUACGGGAGGGUAAACAAUUUCGUUACGUAACGCGUUACGGCGCCAGUCUUCACCGAUUAGUAAUGUAACUAAGAAGAUUUACUUUCAUGUAUAAAGAUUUCUUGUUAUUAUAAAUGUGUGUAAAUAUUUUUGAACGAUAGCUCAUUGGAGGGUAAACAACUUCGUUACGUAACGCGUAACGGCGCCGGUCUGUCUUUUUGCGCUAUAAGUAAUGUAACUAAGACGAUUUUCCUUUAUGUAUCAAGAUUUAAUGUGGAGUAUAUGUAAUUAUAUAUAUUUUCGAAGUGAUAACUUCUUACGGGCGGGUAAACCGGUUCGUUACGUAGCGCGUUACGGUGCCGGUAUAUCUUGCUUCCCUUUCUCUCACGCUUUCAGUUAGAUAAAUGUAGCUUAUCGUGUCGGACGUUUUAUUUUUACACUGGCAAUAAUCAGCGACAUCUAGUCUCAAUUUUGACAUUAUAUUCUGUUAUUUUUUUGUAGACAUUUGAAAUAUGGCUGAGUUUUCAUGAUCCUUGUAAACGUCCUUUCUCGGGUCUCCAAACUAUCUUUGUACCAAAUUUUGACCAGAUCGGUUCCAUGGUUUAGGCGUAGAGACAUACCAACGGACAGAUAGUUACUUCGCAUUUAUAAUAUUAGUUAGUACCUAUAGUUAUUGUGUUUCUUAUUUAGUUUUUGUUAAAAGCUUUAUUUUUGUUAGUAUACAAAUUAUUUCACCAUUUCACAUUGUUUAAAAUUGUAAAACAGUAUCGUAAGUUAAUUAUUUUGUUGUACAACUAGAGGGCUGGACUGAUGUUGAUGAAAUUGAUCAGAAACGAUAGAUCAUAAUAAAAAUCAGUGACGCUCUGAGUAAGUGAAGAAAAACUAACUACGAAAAAUAACAAUAUGUUAUUUAUAAUUGUAAAAAAUAAAUAAAGCAU